AAAUUUAUUUAUUAUUUAUUAUUUAUUAAUUAUAAGCACCUCAAAGUGAGACAGAACAAAGGAAUAAUAGAAUAUAAGCAAAAUAUUGUAUCGUUUUCAUUUAAUUGGAUUUAAAUUAUAACCUGUCAUACUAGAAUUUUUUAAAUGUACUUUAAAAUAUUUCUGUGUCAACAUAAACGCAAAUUUUGACAAAACAAACAAUUCAUUUUAUCUCUAGAUAUAGGCAAAAUAUAGGUCAUUACUACUUAUAUAUUGCCCAACCGUGACAAUUCGUCAUAAUUUAACAGUCGCAAUUCAGAUAUACUGCUUACAUUCCUUAAAAUUAAUUGUCAGUACUAAAAUAUCUCAUACGCCUUAGUUCAUAUGCCUCAAUUCUGAUUUUUAUUAAAAUUUUUUAUCUUUUUGACCAGAGAAAAUAUUUUUCAGAAAAAUGAUAAGGUGGUUGCUGCUGAUGUAUCUUGGCAUAGCUUGUGUUACAGACAUUCAUUCAAGAAAUUUGACAAAUUCGUUGAAAGUCAUUUACGAAUGGAAAUAUAUUGAUUACGAUUUCGGUAGUGACGAAAAGAGACAAGCUGCCAUUCAAUCAGGCGAUUACAAUUAUACAAUGAAUUAUCUUUUCGAUACCGAUCAAUGGCGUGAUAAGACUUUUGCCAUUAUAAUGAAAUUUAAUGGUGUGCCUUCUUCUUUGAAUGUGAUAACUAAUAAAAUUGGCAACGGUGGACCUCUUCUGGCACCGUAUCCUGAUUGGACAUGGGCGAAAAAUGAAAAUUGCUCUGGUAUCAUGAGUGUUUAUAAGAUUGAGAUCGAUAUAUGUGACAGAUUAUGGGUCUUGGAUUCAGGUCUCAUCAAUAAUGUCCAAUCCGUAUGUCCUCCACAACUCCUUGUCUUCGAUCUGAAUACUUCACAAUUGUUAAAGCAAGUCAAAAUACCGCACGAUAUUGCUGUGAAUACUACCACAGGAAGAGGAGCUCUGGUGACUCUAAGUGUUCAAUCGUUGAGUUGCGAAGUGAAUGGAUCCACUCUUGUGUAUAUAGGAGACAACGAAGGUUUCGCUUUAAUUAUCUACAACAAUUCAGAUAAUUCUUUCCAACGAUUGACUUCGAGUACCUUCGCAAGUGAUCCUAGAUAUAGCGUAUUCACAAUCGACGGAGAGAGCUUCAUAUUGCAAAGUGGAAUUUUUGGAAUGGCACUAAGUCCUCUGACCCAAAAUCUUUAUUAUAGCGCUCUGACUUCUCACAGAUUAAAUUAUGUCAACACAGAACAGUUCAUAAAAUCACAAUAUCAGGCAAAUAACGUGCAUUAUGAAGGAAAAGAAAAUAUUUUAUGGACUCAAGCAUCGGCUAAAGGAAUAUCGGAUAAUGGUGUUCUUUUCUUCGGACUUGUGGGUAAUACAUCUCUUGCUUGCUGGAAUGAGAAUCGAUUACUUGACAGAAGAAAUAUUGAAGUGGUCGCCAAGAAUAAAGAAACUCUUCAAGCCAUUACUGGUCUUAAAGUUAAAAGAAAAUUUUCAUUUAUCAUUAUACAUGGAUUUUCUCUUGAAUAUGAAUAUGUAUUGGCUGUAAGUAACAGAAUACAAAAAGUAUUCUACGGUUUUGAUUUCAAUGAUGUGAAUUUUCGAAUUUUAAUUGCGAGUGUGAACGAUUUGAUAAAGAGCACUCGUUGUAUAUCUCCUGAAAUCAAUCCUUUGUAAAUCAAGUUAUCUUAUAAUCUAUAUAUAUAAUAAACAAAUUCUAAAAUAAAGAAUUUUUG